GGCGCAUGUCAAUCACCGGCUCUCAUGUGAUGGCUCUUCCCAGUGACGUGCCAACCAUAUGGCCUGGCAUCAUAGCUGGUAUGUAACCCUGCCUGGUAGCUAUGCCACACUGUCUCUGCGCGCGCGGAUAGCACUCCGAAGCAGACAGCCGCACCUAUAGGAGCGUUCGCUCGUGGUCCCCGAAGAUGGUGUAAACACAUGCGCUCUCACCCCUAAAGAGCUCCCGCGGAGUGCCACCAUGUUGACGAGAUUAUUCAGUGACCCAUCUCUGCUGCCCGAGGUACAGAAGUAUUCGGGUUGGAUGGAUGACAGUGAAAGCGAGGACUCAAAGACUAAGGACGAUGAUCAGGAACACUGUCGCCUGGCUGAUGACGACAUGGAGGACGGGGACCUAAGAGGGGGAAGCAGCCGGGCUCACUCCGAAAUAGCAGGCGAAGAUGAGGAGGAAGACGAGAUAGAUGAAGAUGACGGAGGCGACGAGGUCGAAGGGGAUAGGCCCAAAAAGCGUGGACCCAAGAAACGAAAGAUGACACAAGCGCGUAUGGAGCGGUCCAAGGUGCGCCGUCAGAAAGCAAAUGCGCGGGAAAGAACCCGUAUGCACGACCUAAACUCUGCACUUGAUAAUCUCCGUAAAGUGGUGCCCUGUUAUUCAAAAACGCAAAAACUCUCAAAAAUAGAAACUUUGAGGCUUGCCAAGAACUAUAUCUGGGCUUUGUCCGAGAUUCUCCGCAACGGGAAAAGACCGGACGUGGUGUCUUACGUGCAAACUCUGUGCAAAGGCCUUUCUCAGCCCACUACCAACCUCGUGGCCGGCUGUCUGCAGCUUAACUCUCGGAACUUCUUAACAGAGCAGUGCCAGGAAGGAGGUCGUUUCAACGGGCCCAACCCCUCCUUCUCCAUGCACCCCUACCCAUACCAGUGCUCCCGCUUAUCUAGUUCCCAAUGCCAGUCCGGUUCAAACUCACACUCCAUAAGGAACCACGCGUACUGCUCAGCCUAUGACUCCGUCUACACUGGAGGCGGCUCGCCGGAGUACAACAGCCCAGAGUAUGAAGGACCGCUCAGCCCGCCCGUAUGUAUCAAUGGGAAUUUUUCUCUCAAACAACAAGAAUCCGUCUCGCCAGUCGCUGAAAAGAGCUACCAUUAUUCUAUGCACUACCCCGCCCUGCCCAGCUCCCGUUCUGCCGGCGCCCACAAUCUUGUGUUCGGCUCGUCAGGAGUACGCGGCGGUGUCCACUCUGAAAACGUACUGCCUUACCACGACAUGCACUUGCAUCAUGAAAGGGCGCCCGUGUAUGAGGAGCUUAACGCUUUUUUCCACAACUGAGUAGCUGACCCCAUGUCCCGUAUCACUCUUCUUCUCAACAACUAACCCCUGACAUUUAUCUGAAGUAAGAGUACUGAAAUGUUCGGCCCACUGUAACUUUAUACACUGGACACUGGAACUGUAGGGUGGGGAAUGAAUAAGGGAUGGAAGACAGAGAUAACUCACGGUUUUUCCUUUAUUUUGUUUUUAAUAGUGCCAAUCCCGAGUUGUCACGUUGGAAAGCAUAUACAUGUGUUAAAACUAUUCUGGUGGCUCAAAUGUUUCCCAGUGUACAGAUUGAUAGUGUAAUGGUCAUAAUAUAUAUAUAUAUACAAUACAAUUAUCACUGUCACAAGAACACGGUAAUAGGCUAUAGAAGAGCAGAUAUUGUAUUGAUACUAUGUUGUUGAUCUGAAAAUGUUGUUAAUUGGAAACCGUUAUCAUAUAAAAAGUAGCUGACACGUAUUGUGAGAUGAUGUCAGCAUGGGGAGAUAUGACAGCAUCACCGGGAAUUGUAAAAUCGCCUUGACAACAAUUAAAGCAAUAAAGGAAAAACAAACUA